AGACGACUAGCACGUAUAAUGUCAUUGUUUAAGCCCAACCCAACCCAACCAACAAGCCAAUUACUGGAAUGACAAGUCAAGCUUUGCUAGGAUACACACGCUCAACCCGGACAUAGUACAUCCGUAACCACUCAUCAAAAGACACCAUAACAGCAAGUAAAAAGCGAACAACAAUCAAAUACCAUCCAAAAUCAAGUCACACCAAUCCAAUCCCUCAAUAAAUCAAAUAAAUCAAUAAAAACGUAAAAAUUCCUAACAAGUCUGACCGAUCAAGUCCACCAGACGGAUAUCACAAACAACAACAACAUCAUCAUCAUCAUCAAUCACCCACUCACCCACUUAACCCCAAACCAUCUCAUCCCUCCCAACCCCAUCCCCCAAAUCUACCCCAAUAUACACACAUGAGUAAAAAUCUAUGCAGGGAACCCCCUACAUAACAGUACAAAUACAACAAUCACACUCCUCAUCCCCACAAUCACACCCAAAGCAAGGCUUCGACACCGUCUUGAUCGGUUUGCUGAUUGAUGAUCCGGAGGACCCUGACGACGGGAGGGUGAAGUUCACCAGCGAGGGGGUGGAUCCGGUUGCCAUUUUAUUUUAUUGAUUUAGGUUUAUUUGAGUUGAUGUUCGAUUUUGAGGUUGAGAGGUGAGGUAGGUGGCUUGCGAUAGCGGGUGGUCUGCGAUUGACUGGCUGACUGACUGCGGAGGUAGUAGUGGGUGGAUGGAGGGAUCACUUCAAUAUGCUUAUGGUGAUGCGACGGUGGUGGAU